AUGCCCUGGGUCGCAUACACUAUCUUGACUGUUGUUGUUGAGUCUGUGGGUUGGAGAACCUAUGAGAAGAGUAGGACAGAAGCGUUUCUGCAGGCUGGGUCAUCUACUGAUGAGUUCAAGCUUCUUCUGCAUCAUUCGUUGUUCAUUUUCAUGGAGGAGAACAUAUACUUUCCUGAAGAGAGUAUUGGCAUGUGUCAAAGGCUGGAUUGUGAUAAAGAACAGAAGCAACUAAAGAUAAUUGAAGCUGAGGCUAAGAAAAGAGGUAACAGUCUCUUACGAAAUGGCAAGAUCAUCUUAGCUUGGGCUAUGACAGAAUAUGUGAGUGUCACUGUUGCGGAUGCGGACCUUUUCGUGAACAAUCUAAAUGUAGCAGAAGGAAUGAAACUAGCCAGAGCUUCAAAGAAGAACAAUUAUGAGAGCUUUGUCCUUAGAGGGUCAGUUUACGAUGUUGGUACCUUGCUGGAGUCCUCUGUUGCUAAUGUCGUUGAUGGUUUGCAUGCCACUGCUGCUGCUACUGUUCUACAUUAUUCUGAGGUUGGCGCUUUGGAGUUGUUGAUUAAGUGGUCGGGUUAUCCAGAAGCAGAGAGAACGUGGGUUCACGCGAAGGAGUUUUCAGCUCAAUAUCCUGAUUUUCAGCUUGAGGACAAACUGGUUGUUAAAGAAGGGGGUAUUGAUAAGGUGGCUCAGAUAUACUUUCGAAGGAUCAAAUGGGAAAUGAGCAGCUGGCCGAAGAAUGAGGAAAUGGAUAGAACGUGA